UCUUUAUCUGUAGUGAAGGCGGAGUGAGUGAGAGAGAUUGUGUUAUUAUUAUUGUUGUUGUUGUUUUGUCAACAAAUUAAACCACUAGAAGACUGGAAGAAUUUCUGUUUAGCUUUAACGUUACUUCCUGAAAGUACGAUUCAAACACUGCAAAAGAAGUGAAAGGACUGAAGGCUGGAGAAGAAAGUCGACACAUCUGCACGAGCGUCUCGUGAAAGCUCGUGAACGCUCGCGAACGCUCGUGAAAGCUCGUCUUGUUUACCGAAACAAGAGAAAACCUGAAAAGAAAAGUAAACGUGUGCGUAGAGUACCUGGGGAACAUGAAAGAAGACGCGUUUGGGUGAAAGUGUUUGCUCCUGUGGUCGCUUGGUGAUGGUGGGCGGGAGGCUGGAGUCUGGAGGCAGCUUGUGUGUUGUUGUUCUCUAGGUAACAGAGAGCCGAGGCCUCGGUGUCAACUUCACUGAUUUGGGGAAAAAUAAUAAUAAAGACUAUUCUUCUUAACAUACAUGUGUGUGUGGUUCUGGAUACCUGAAUUAGGGGACACGGCGGAUCCGGAGUCUCUCCCGAGAACACCCGGCGUAAGACGCGGAUACACCUCGGCUGGAAAUCCGUUCCAUCAUCACAGUUUAUCAAACAUGAUUUAUAGUUUCAUCACCUUGGCUAUACCUGUUCAAACCACCAUCUUAGGCAUGACGGGCAAGAGAGAGUCUGGCAUGGCGGUUAGUAAGUGGGCCAGUAAGCUACAAAUGCGCUUUGUCGAUGCGGUGUAAGAGGCAGAGAAGAAAACAAGAGGGAGCAUGGAGGGAAAAAGGAACACCACCAGAGUGCGGAUGCGUGCGUGGACCCCUGCCUCGGGAUACUCUUCACCGCCCAGCCCGGUCAGCUCACAGCUCAGCUGGGACGAAGGCAGAGAUGAGGACUUCCAGAGCCAAAUGGAUGAGAAUGGCAUCAUAGGUCUGAGAGAGACACAAGAAGAGCUGGAGGAAGAAGAUGAGGUUGUAUUAGAGGAAGAAGAGUACAUGUUUUCAGAUGUUGGGACUCCAGAGCCUGAAGAAGGUCCACCUACUGCACUGGAACAUCUCAGCUGUCACCUGAGUGAGCUGCUGGACUCUGAGCCUCUCACCCAACCCAUAGGAGAUGAUGUCGAGUAUAGUGUUUCUCUGGAGGACUGGAGUGAUGAUGAUGAAGAGAAACUUGACGACGAAGAUCAGAAGAGCAUUAACGUCCGCAGACCUAUCCCACAUUUAAGGCCAGACAGAGGUCUGGUUUCGGGAAUUACGAACGAUGAGAUUGAGGAGAUUACGACGCGUAGAGAUGAGUCAUAUCCUCUUCAAAGGAAUAUAGACCCCCAGGAUAACUGGAUGGACAGCCAUGAUGUCACCAGUCAUGAAGGAAUGGAUAAUAACGACAACAACAAGUCUGAUAUAGCGACUUUAGAAAUGCGCGCACCCUCCCAGAACAGUUGCGAUGAGAGGAGUCAUGUGUCUUCCUCACCUUCCUUCAUGAGCGCUCCUCGGUCCCAUAUACGUCCCCCCCUCCCCGAACCGACUUUACAGGAGGAGGCGGCUAACUGUAGGAUUGAAGCUGAAACAUUUGCAGAGCUAGGUGGGUCUAACAGCAGUCGACUCCACAGCCCUAGAACUUACCGAGCUGUCAGACUGCUGCAGAAGGAGGAGCCUGCGUCUGUACUGAGUAUCUUUGAGUCAGAAAAUGGUUCGUCUGAAUUGGAGCAAAAGUCUGCUGGACCUCGUCAAAGUCGCCAUGUUUACUCUCGUCGAAAUAUAAAUUCUACACCACAGGAGGAUCACCCAUCUUCCAGCUCUGCACAGCCUGCAGCUAAAGCCUCCACGUAUGGACGCAGGAGACACCACAGACCCUCCAAAACCUCUCACACUGACCUGAAUGAUGUGAGGAAGGGCCAGCUGAGUCACCCGUUACCAGAUUUUUCCAAAGUGGAGCCCCGAGUUCGUUUGCCCAAAAGCAGCUACAAGCCCCCGAAGAGUCAGAAGCCUCCUCACAAGGAAGACUCCAAACCGGAAGGUCCUGUAGUGUUCAAAUCCCCUGCUGACAUUGUGAUGGAGGCUCUGUUGAGUAAUUCUGAAGGGCCCUCGGAUACUGCAACCCCCACUGUCUCCCAGAAGCCCUUGAAUACUACAAUGCCUGAGGAGUUCUGGUGCCCUCUGCAGGCCAGCACUAUGGUGCAACAGCUUCAGGAGGAUUACAAUAGGCUUCUGACGAAGUAUGCGGAGGCUGAGAAUACCAUUGACAGGCUACGUUUGGAAGCUAAGGUUUGCCUGUACUCGGAUCCUCCCAAACCCAUCCAGCCUGCUCUGUCAGGUGUUCUGAAGGAGGGGUCAAAGGUUAUGACCCUGAGUUUUCCCCAGGCUCAGAGGGCACAGCUGGGAGCGGAAGCUGUCCGGCCGAUCCAGCAAAGGCUCGGCUCGGCUACCAGAGAGACACCCGCUCGCCCGUCCUCUGUAGACUCUUUUUCUUCCAGCUGGUGUGAAUCUGCUGCUGCAUCUCCACUAACCGAGGCACUCUCCAAGCAGAUGGCGAGAUUUCAGCUACAGGUUAAUGAGUUUGAGAAACUACUAAAGAGCCAAACACUUCAACCUAAUGAGCAGGCACAGGGGUUGUCUCAGCUGGCCCAGGGUCAGGAUUCGAUAGAAAGGGCUUACCUUGCCGCUCGAGAUACGCAUCAACAACUGCAGAGGCAAACAGGAGGGACGUCAGGACCUUUUGACCCUGACAGGGAACUCGAAAGUCUGAUAUUUCAGUCGGGGUUACAAUUGGAGGACCUGAAGGAGUGGAUAGACCAGUCGGAACGUAAUCGGCUCAUAGAACCUACCCCGAGCGACCCCCCUCGCUCCCUUCAGCCCUGCGUGUCUCUGAAAGAGACAGAGCCGCAGCCCGAGAAACCCGCCGCUGCAGCUCAUGCAGAGGUCAUGGUCGGCUUGGAGGUGAGUUCUGUCAGUGGGGAGAGCGAUGGACGCAGAGAGGACGACGAAGAGGACAUGCGUCCAUCUGUCCUCCGUCCACUGAACCGCAAACAUCAACGUGUGGAGGAAGACUUUAGCAACCUGAUGGAUCACUACCAGAACUUCAGGGAUUUUUCCAAGGUCCUAGACAGAGACCAGGCUGAUGUGGACCAGAAUUCCUCGGCGUUAAGAGAUCAUUCUCCUCACCCAGCCAGUAUUGAUGGGAUAGAAAUUGAACAGCAGCAGAGAAGCAAAGACGAGAGGGACUCGAACAAACCUCUCCAGCCACGGCCAACGGCAGACUCUCUCUCAGGCCCCUCUUGUAGCUCACAUGUGUGUAACUCUAUGGAAACUCUCCCAGAGGCCUCAGCUUCAGCAUUACCAAGGAAACAGGGCAGUGGAAGGAGAGGUAGCAUAAAGUCCCGUAGCAGCCUGGGAGAGAGAGCAGCCAUGGGAAGAAGGGCCUCUAAAGAGAAUGCACUGAGAGCACAGCUUCAGGAUGGCGUGGUAACUCCAGAAACAGAUAGUGGGUUCGUGGGCUCAGAGAGCAGUCGACUGACACCUGCAGCACAAAGCCCUGUCCAGCAGAGGGCAGCAGUGAGGGCGACAAGGCCAUCUGUCUCGCAGGAAAAGUGCCAAAUAAAUCCUAAGUCUAGCUCUCCAGCACACGCACAGCCCUCUUUAGAUCCCUCUAGAGCCCAUGCCAUUGCCUCUGGGGGUGCUCCAGGAACCCUGGGGAGAAGAGGAGAGGCAAGGAUGCAGCACAUUCCCAGUCUGUCUACUUCCAGCUCCCCCGCCUUGCGCUGGCCCAGCACACCUCUCCAGCCUUGGCCUAGUAGCGGCGUUAGCGAGCUGGAGCAACCGAGUGAAUGUGCCCAUUCCAUAUCAGAAGAUGGAACACGACAGGGUGACCGACCCGCACAGCCGUCCACUCAGGAUCCGUCUUAUUUCAGAAGCUCCUCCCUCACUGCACCGUAUCUCCAUGGUGACCACCUCAAAGCCCAAAGUUCUGGGCAGCUGGCGAAUCACCACGAGGCCAUUGAGUCUCUUCAGGCAGAGGUGCACAGACUCAGGGAGCACUUAGAGGGAACUCUCAGGACAGCCAGUCCUCCCCAUCGUGUGAGAGUGCCCCCUUCUCCCUCAAAGGACAUUAGAGACCAUGCACCUCCUCACACAUCUACACCUCAUCCACGGCAGCGUGAUUUCAGGUCUUUGGAGACAAAGACAGCUGGCAAGAAAGAACCAAGAGAGAGUGGGGGCACUUUAAAGGGGGAACAAGAAAGAACUAUACCAAGGAGGAGAUCAGCAUCCGUGCCCCGCCUCAGACCACAGACAGAUUCCAGUACAGAUUCGGAGCAUACCCAGUCUGAAGACAUGACACCGAAGCACAUCCGAGCAUCGCUUUUGAUGUCACACACGACCCGGAGAGCGAGGGCUGAAACUAGACGGAGCCCAAAGACCCACACAAAUGGCCAGAAGCGUAGCAUAUCUGCUGAGAGAUCGGAUGCGAGAAAUGAUGAGGCCGAAAGCAGAGGAAGGCCAGUACCUUUGUGCUUGAGCUGCUUGGCACGACGCAACAGAACCUCUGGAUGUCAAGCAAGAAACGUUAGCUCACCUAGUCACACUCGUUACUACUCUAAUCACUGUCCACUGUGUGGAGCAACAAACAGAGAGACAGUCCUUAGACCUGCAAAACAAAGCUCCAUGCAGAAGGAAACUCGGCCAGUGAGGUCCACACACAUGCAGACGGGGGGUAUGUACCUGGCAGUAGCACCUCCCCCUCCAGUGAUUGGCAGCGUGCCUGUGCUCCAGUGUGUGCCGGUCUGUCCUUCAGUCCUCUACUACUCCAGCCCUGUGGUGUCAGCCUCCUACCAAAAGCCUCUUUACUUUUCACUGAGUGACGGGAAAGGCUACAGGGGUCACCGUAGGCGCUCUCAAUCUGUAGACGCACAGCGCUCUCUCAACCGUUCUCUGGAGCGUGCCAUCGCCGCCGCCAGUAGCGUGAGAGAGAUGUCUCAGCGCAUGGUGCACUCUCUCUCCUCAGGACUGCAUCACAUGAGCCCACUCACAAAAUCCUGCACCUACUGACGCUGCACCACUGCUCCCAGGUGACCUCCAGAGAAACCAAACUGCAGCUUGUAGACACCUAAAACGUUCUUGACGUGAGAUUGGUAACGGAUACGCACAUGGCAGCUAUACUGUGAAAAGCUUCACUUAUUGCACUGUUUACAGCUACACGGCCAUUUCAUGAAAAGCAAUUUCAUAAUCAUUUCAGAUAUUGGAAAUACUAUACGUAGGGCUUUUGUUGGUGUCUAUGAUAUUUUGUACUGGGAAAUAUUCUUCUACAUUUCUGCACUAGGUUUUAUUAAUGCCGUUUAUGCACAACAUUUGAUUACAAAUGAUUUCUUAAAUGUGCUGCAUUUUGUAAUAAAUAGUCUACGUCUGUUUUCAUAAUGGAAACUGCUGCUUAUUGGACGGUUAACAAUUUGGGGAAUUGUUUGUUUGGUAGUUUGUUUUAUAUUAUUUAUGGUACAGGUCAUAAGUUUACAUGCGCCUUGCAGAAUCUACACCGAUCAUCCUGUUCAAAAGUUUACACCCCCCCCCCCCGGGCAUAAGGCUCUUAAUGUAGUGUGUUGCCUUCUUGAGCAUCGGUGAACGUUUGCACCUUUUGUAAUAGUCGUGCACGAGUCCCUCAGUCGUCCUCAGUGUGAAAAGAUGUCUCUCAAGAUCAUAUAGUCGCUGUUGGAAAGGGCUCAAAUAUGCAGGAGAUGCUGGAAAAGCAAAGAAUGUUUAGGACCUGGAGGAUUUUAUCUGAAGAACACUGGGCAGUUUAACUGCCCAGGACAAACAAGAGACUCAUAACUAUCACAAAACAUAAACACAGUCGUUGAUCAUCCAGGUAACGAAAAAAAACACGCGGUAUUAAGAAUAAAGCGUAUGUAAACUUUUUGAACUGGUUCAUUUGUGUAAAUUCAGUUCUUAUUGUGUCUUGGGGACUUUAUGUAAACAUCUGUUAUGUGAAAUAGUUUAUUCAGGGCAGGACUAAUUAAAAAAACAAAUUUCAUUUUAAUGAUCUUUUGCUAUUUUUUUUACUUGUUUUUUUUUUUUUAUUAUUAUUAUUCACAUUUUGCAUGAUUCUGCAAGGCGUCUGUAAACGUAUGACCUCAACUGUAUGUUGCUUGUUACUUGCUUUGUGUCCUUAAAAUGAGUUUUGAACAUGCAGUACCUCAUGGGCUCCAGGGUGUCGCAACGCAUCACAGGUUCGAAUCCUGACGACGAAGAAAGCAAAAUCGGCCAUGCUCUCUGAGCGGGUGGGAUAGUGUUAAUCUCGGAGUGACACUAGCCAAUCGUGACUAUCCGUGAGCUGAUGUAUGCGGAUGAGGGUAGAUAGCACUUUCCUCAGAGUGUGAUGCACUGCUCUCUGACGCAGCGUGAUGUAGAGGAAGCAUGUGUUGGCCUUUACUAACAUGUGGCUGGGAAUUGGUAAAUGGAGUAAAAAAAAAAAAAAAGUACAUCUAGCAGACUUUAAGACACCCAAAGUGUACUAUUAUAUAUAUUUUUUUAAAGCUAAGAGGUACUAUUACCACUUUUUUCUAACUUCUGACAAUUUUGUCUGACAGAAGAUGAGUCUUAUGGAUAAUAGAACAUAGCGUUUAGUUACGAAGCAUCAAAGCGGAGUGGGCAAACGUGUUCAAUUCAUCCAUACGCAGUUUAAUCUAAUCAUUAACGUAUCCUUCGAGAAACGACCGUGACCCUGCAAUGCGACUGUGGAAUAAAUUGAUUUUGAACGCGUAGAUCUGUCAAUACUCGCUAGAAUGAAUUUCUCUUUCGAUUUUUGGACAAGUGGAUGAUUUAGAAAGCAGAAAUGUUUGUGAAGAAAUCCUGCACGUUUUUGUACUUUUGUACCAUUAUUAGAAAAAAAACACUGAUUAAAAUGGUUCUUAAUACUUC